UCCAAUCCAAUGGCUUAAAAGGACCAACAGAUGUGUUCAAAUUUACCUCUCACAAUCCCCACGUGUCAAAAUCAGAGGCAUUAAUUGAACAAACUAAUUACCGCGUGGUCUGUAAAAACAGCCAGCCUUUUUGUCAACCCUCUAAAAUCCCCAAAUUGUUGCAAAGGGGGAGAUCGACAACGGUGCAGCAAUACCGAAGAGAUAAUCGAGCGUUUGAAGAUGUUGAGAGUCGCGGCGAGGAGGCUUUUGUCUCUUUCCUCAUUAUCAUCGCCUUCAUCUUGGAGACCAAUCGCUCCUUCCCGGAAUCUAGUGAACGGUACUGAUUUCUCCUCCUCUCCGUCAUUCGAUGAUUCCAGAUCCAGCGGCUUUUCCGGUUCCCUGUUCUUUGAAUCUCAGUUCCAUCUUCCUUGCCGAGGUUUUGCUUCUGAGGCAAUCACCCCAAGGGAAGAAAACACUGUAAUCCCUGGUAUUCCUGCAACAGUGGCAGCUGUUAAGAACCCCACUUCUAAUAUAAUAUACGAUGAGUACAACCAUGAGCGUUUUCCUCCUGGUGAUCCUAACAAGCGGGCUUUUGCCUAUUUUGUAUUGACUGGUGGUCGAUUUGUGUAUGCUUCACUGCUCCGCCUCCUCAUCCUAAAGCUUGUUCUAAGCAUGUCUGCCAGUAAGGAUGUUCUUGCACUGGCCUCUCUUGAGGUUGAUCUCUCGAGCAUUGAGCCUGGCACUACUGUGACUGUUAAGUGGCGUGGGAAGCCAGUUUUUAUCCGGCGUCGUACUGAGGAAGAUAUCAAACUUGCAAACAGUGUUGAUGUGGGAUCUCUACGUGAUCCUCAGCAAGAUGCAGAGAGGGUUAAGAAUCCAGAAUGGCUUAUUGUCAUUGGGGUCUGCACACAUCUGGGUUGCAUUCCCCUGCCAAAUGCCGGCGAUUUUGGUGGAUGGUUUUGCCCUUGCCAUGGUUCCCAUUAUGAUAUAUCUGGCAGGAUUCGCAAGGGGCCAGCACCAUACAACCUGGAGGUACCCACUUACUCUUUCUUGGAUGAGAACAAGUUGCUGAUUGGUUGAGAAGUGUGGUUUUCUAUUCUAGCAAACCAUGUUUAUUUGGGAUAUCAAUUUUUUAAUUUUAUCAGAUAAUGCUAAGAUUUGACGCAAGUCUUUGUGUUUUAACACCCGUUAUUGGAGGUUGGGAUACUGUAAUUUGGAAUAAGUUGCCUGGUUCUUGAUACAUUGUUAUUGAACUUGUACUUAAUUUGUUCUGAGUUUUUCUUUUUUGCAAUGUUAAAAACUUUCAAGGA